CAAGUCAUAGCACAAGUAUACAUAUUCCUCUUUUGAAAAUGGCGCCCAUUCAGAUGGAAAAGUCCUACGACGUGACAGUCUCCUCCACGCCCGCGGAAAAGUGCUCGCGGCAGGAAAGGUCAAGCAGCAGGGCGUGGGGUGUGUUCCUUCCCAUCAGUCGCAGAGGAAGCUUCUUCCAAGACGCGUUUUUCUCGGACACACACAAGGACUUUGACUCCUCCGUCAGGGAGGUGUUGGCCAGAUGGAGUGGCGACGAUUUCCAAGCGAAAGACUUCCGCCGGGAGGAUAUUAUGGACCGAUACAGACAGCUUCGAUCUCGCAACCUCAAGGAAGAGAACCAGGCUGUCACAGUCACAUCUGACAAAACAAGUCACAAGAUUGUGCUGGACGUGCAUGACUUUCUGGAAGGAGAUGUGAGAGUGAAGGUGUUGGACGAGGAGGAGCUGUUGGUGGAAGGACACGUGGAGAGGAAGGAGGAAGGAAGCCUGUCCGUCUCGUCACACCUUCAGACGCUACUUCUCUUUGCCUCGACACACAGACAUGGCAGCGAUCACGUCCGUCUUGUCCACAGAUGGAAUCCUCACAAUCACUGCGCCAAAAAUGAAAACGGAAACUACAAAGGAAAAUAUCAUCACUCAGACUUCCACUUUGAAUAACUGUGAGAAAGUCAGCCAAACUCGAACACAAA